AUAAGUACUUUCUAUUUUAGUAUGGCUAUACAGACAAAGGAAUGUGGAGAAUAAAAGUGCCAAAGACUGUCACAACCAAGACUUUAACUGGUUUGAAGGAGUUCGCAAAUUACCGUGUUACUUUGACUGUGAUGUUAUCCAGUGGUGAAAAAACGAUUGAAACUAUGGCAAUGACUGGCGAAGAUGUACCUGACACAGCACCAGUCGUCACUGACAUCUAUCCAGUUAGAUAUGAUACCAUGAAGGUCAUGUGGUCAUCCAUACCAGAAAAUCAUCGGAACGGUAUCUUCAGAGGCUAUAAAAUAUACUACAAAGAACUGCUGUACCCUAGAAACAAAUGGGAAGUGUUUGUGGUUACCGGAGGUGAUGUGACCAGUACGAUGGUGACUGGACUAAAGUCAUACACUGAGUACUGUGUUAAGAUGUCUGCCUUUACCAGUAAAGGAGAGUAUCCUGACUGGGGAAGAAAACACUGCAAAAUAGUCAAGACUCCCUCGCUUUCUAUUGAAGUACAAGCAAGAACCAUGAGUUUCACAGAAAUACUUCUGAAGUUCGUGAAACCAGAGCACUCGGUUCCAUCCAAAAAAGUACAAGUGGAUUACGGAAAACUGAAAGAUGAGUUGAAUAUGAAGAAAGCCUGCUAUGGUUCUUCUUGUGUGAUUGAUAAUCUUGAGCCAGACACCAUGUACUACUUCAGGGUGACUGGAUAUGUGUACCAGAGAGGAGAAACCCCAACAUUUACUAAGAUAAAGACAUCAAGAGAUGAGGUUCUUAAAUUCAGACGUCGGAUUAACUGAAGUAAGACAAGACAUCGUCUAAAGAUUUUUUGUAUGUGUGUGUGUGUGUGUGUAAGCUUGCAUGCUAAUCUUCUUAUUGGGGUUUGAAUGGGGAUCGAUUGAAGUGUGUUGGCGUAAAAAAAAAAGCUAUUAAGAUGCGAUAUAAUACUGAUACAAUGCACUAUAUUGAUUGUUUCAUUGGUCCCGGGGUUCUAAAAUCUUGUAUUAUCAUUUUGUAAGAAAAGUUAUUAAAAUAUAAUAAAAGUUUAAGAGAAUGA